GGCAACAAAAUUAACUUUGAGAUUUUGAAGGGGUUAAUUAAGUUAGCAAUGGAUAGGAUGAGUCUGUUGCCAGAUGACUUGAUCUUUAAGAUACUCUCGUUUGUUCCAUCGAAAGUUUCAGUGUCCACAAGCCUUUUGUCAAAACGUUGGUGUUCACUUUGGAAACACGUUCCAAAUCUUAGGUAUUUCGAUCCACAUAUUAACAGUGAAUACUGGAGAGCUUCACGUUUUAUCGACAAGUUUUUGCUACUACGUGACCCCCAUGUAUCUCUAGAUUCUAUGCAUCUAUAUAUUAGUCAAAACUGUCCUCCCACAGAUAUUGAAACAUGGGUUGGUAUUGCAGUUUCUCGUGGUGUGCGCGAUCUUCUGGUUCUCCGGUGUAGACCAUGUUUCAGGCCCAUACGGUUGCCUAGGAGUUUGUAUACAUGUGAAACCCUUGCGACUUUAAGCCUAGAACAGGCCAUCAUAGUUGAUGUUCCUUUGAAUAUUUGCUUCCCGUCACUCAAGAGCUUGUCGCUUAUAUUUGUGGAGUUCCCUAGCGAUGAAACCGUUCAUCGGCUUCUAUCUGGUUGUUGUGUUCUUGAAGACCUAAAAGUGGUUCGGUGCGGCCAUGACAAAGUGAAAACUUUCAAAAUUAUGGUUCCUUCACUGCAAAGAUUAACACUCGAGGAUCUUUUUCUAUAUGGAAAUCCAGUUCCAGGACAUGAUGUUGGGUUUGUGAUCAAAGCUCCUUGUUUAAAGUCGUUAGCGAUUACUAGCCGCUUUGGUUGGUUACAUUCACUGGUGAAAAUGCCCUACCUGGUGAAGGCUAACAUAUUUCUUAAGCAUGGAGAUUCUAAGAAUCUUCUCGGAUGUGUUACCUCAGCCAAACACCUAUCCUUAUGUGUGAAACAGGUUUUUUAUCCAAUAGGGGACUUCAAUGAGCUCGUGUCUCUUAAAGUCUGUACAUGUUCUUUAAUGUUGUAUCGUCUUAUACUCAGACGUGCACCUAAACUCCGCUUUCUCAGAUUCCAAGGUCUGGCAAAUUUUCUUCAAACUCCCUACCUAAAUUAUCUUCAGAAAUGUUACAGCAGUUCCGGACAAGUCCAGAGUGAGUGGGAGGCACCGAGUUCUGUUCCUGAAUGUUUGAUUUCGAGCCUCGAAACUGUCGAGUGGGAUGAUUACGAAGGAACAGAAGCAGAGAACAAAGAGGUUUUGUAUUUGGUAGAUAACUCUGGAGGACAGCUACAGACAGUGGCUGUUACACUCUCAAACUCAGACACCACUAGGGGAAAGAGACACAUGAUACUGGUAGAGCCUAAACGAAGGAGUUCUAACAAAUGACGGCUCAAAGAUAUAUAAUUUUUUAGUCGUUUUUAUCAUUCUUGGAGCACUAUUUUAGUAGUUACGUUGUUUUGAUUGAUGGAGCGCAAACUUUGUUUUCAGAAUUCUGAUGAACAACUUUUUAAAAAUAUUUAAUAGAUUUUUUGUUGUUGUCUGACCAUGAUGAACGGUUCUACUUUUAAAUGUUUUGACCAAGCAGGAAGGUUAUAACCGAAACAGAAGUUCUGCCUUGCGAAUCAAGUCAUCUCAUAGAUAACAUAUAGACCACAUCCAUGUUUUUUAAAUAACGAAUUAUUUUCAUUCUCUUGUAUUUGGUGUUUUAAGCAACUGAAGCAUUGAAUAUCUGAAAACUUGAGAUCAUACCAAAAGGCCCUCAAUAAUGAGACUCCAGUUGUAAACAGAAAAAAUGUUUCCAAGCGCAAAGCUAGAUCAUGCUUCAUAAAUAAUUUAACUCAAAACACAAACUGAGACUAUAUAUAUAUAUACAUAUAUUCUUAUUCAAACAGAAGCUGGGACAUUGGUGAUAACUCUAAGGACAUCCGGAAGAUGGUUCAUCUAGAUGCAAUGGUCAAAAAUGCAAUUAGUUGAUCCAUCUGGAUGUUUUAUUGUCAUGCAUUAAACAAACAUUAAUUUGCAUUUUCACCCAAAUGGAUCACUUGAUGAGUAGCUGAACAACACCUGACAUAGAUUUAACUCCUUUACCAACUUAUCUUUAAUAUGGGUCUUAAUGUGAAUGUUUCUUUAAACAUUCUGAGUUUGAAAAGAUAUACCUCGCGAGUUCUCUCUCUUCUUCAGAUUCUCUAUAACCUUUCCACUCAAUUAUAUGUAGAUUGAACGACAAGCAACUAGGAACAAAUCCUCUGACCUUGAUCCAAGCACAUCAAAUUCAAGAAUUGGAAUAAGAAAUAAGUAUACUGCAAAUAGAUAUUGUAUUGUUACUUACAGAAGGUAUAUGUAGAAACCAAAGGUUGGGAGGCUUAUCGAGAAUACGUAGAAGUUGAUUCGACCAGCCAUUAGCAAUUGGCAGUAGCUCAAGCCGCUGAAGCCUAGAGAAGGUAAAAUCCAUAUAGCCUGCAAUGAUUAUAAUUAACAACCUAAAGGUAAUGUGAUCAUGCUAACGACCUAGAGAGAGUCAAAGAGAAACCCAAAGUUGGUACCACGUGAGAUUUAUUUGAAAAUAAAGUGAGAGACGUGACCAAGGGAAGUGAUGUGAGAAUCGUAUAAGUACUGAGACAAUGAAUGUGAAUCUAAGGCACAUCCUUGGUCAAAUUCAAAUUCUCUAUCAACUCAUAGUCUGAUUCAAUUCAGUGACGUCAAGUAUAGUCUUGAUAGAUGUAGAAACGUAUGGUUGGUUUUAUCUGGUUUAUCCGCUCAAUAGUUUUUGGAUUUUUGACAGAUUGAUAUGAUUUUUACUGGUUUAACUAUUUUAGAUUUUGUUAUCAAUCUAAUUCGGAUAUACUUUUGGUUCACGAUUUAAUCUGACAAUCCGAGCCAAAUUUUAAAAUAUUGUUCAAAACUCAAAAUAAACUCAAAUUAAAUGACACAAAAUACAAAAAAAAAAAAACAAAGCCUAGAUCUAGAAGACUACUAAUAUCUUAAGAUAAUUUUAAUAAUCCUUUUAUUUAUAAGUUCAAAUCCAUAAUAUAUUAGUUCUUUAACAAUUUAGAAAUUGAAGUUAGUUUUUUUAUUGGUCCAGUCUGCAUAAAGUAAGAAAAUAAUUUGGUUUGAUUUCUCGCUUCAAAAAUAGAUCCAAAAUCAAACCGGCCUGUCAGAUCAGUGAACCGAUGCAAAAUCAAAAACCGGGUUGUCACUAUUUGCCUCUUUUACUUUUUUUUUUUUUUUUCCUCAAAGCCUCUUUUUACUUUUUAUCGCACAAACUUUGAGAAAGAGAGGAAAAAUCCGACACAGAGAUUAAAAAAAAAAAGGAAAGAAAGAAAGAGAGAGGGAGAGAGACUCUACACAAUCUUACAGGAAUCAACACAUUGGGUCACUGAAGCAACGAUCUUUCUGUAAAUCGUGAUUCUAAAAAAAAAA